GCGCCAAGAGAGAAAUUUAUACGACAAAACUGGGCCGACAAACUAUAGAAAGUAGUGUUUCCCAAGUUAUACAAUACACAUCAUUAAUCUAAGUAAUCUUAUUGAUUCCAAAUAUGCCCUUAUUGUUCGCAGGCGCCAAAGCAAUUUGCAAGGACUUCUGAAGAAUUGAACCGCUGAAGAUUUGAAGAGCCAUGCCAUUGUUAGAUGUACGGGGAGUGCAGGUCAAUUUCCCAUUUGAACCAUACCCAUGUCAGGUAGAUUACAUGAACAAAGUUGUGGAAUGCUUACAGAAAAAUGUGAAUGGAGUUCUAGAAAGUCCAACAGGUACAGGUAAAACUCUGUGUCUACUGUGCUCGUCACUGGCCUGGCAGGAGAGCCGUAAAGCCCAAACAGAACUUAAUAAACAGGUUAGUGUUUCCCAGUUGCUGGGUUCUGGUGCUGACAACUUGUCGACAAAGUCUAUUGAGGGGAUUGCUAAAAGUCUGGAAAAUUCCACAGGUACUGCCUGGGGAGGAUCAGACUUCACUGUGCCAAGGAUCAUCUAUGCAUCUCGGACACAUUCCCAGUUAUCACAAGUUAUACAGGAGUUAAAAAGAACAGCAUACAGCAGUGUGAAAGUGAGUGUGAUAGGGUCGAGGGAUCAGCUGUGUAUACAUGAACAGGUGAAGAAGGAACAGAACAAUACAAACAAGGUAACCUGUCAGUAG